CUCUUUUAUUUAGAUGAUGUUUCGGCCCUCAGGCCUUCUUCAAGAUCAACAAUGACAGUAGGACACAGGUACUGGUAUGUUAUGUAGGCCACACCUUAGUAACACAUCUGAUGGUGAUUAGACAAUCAUGUUUCACCAUUAGGGUUAGGAAAACAAGCAAGAGGCCUUCUGUGAAUCAAACCUCAACAAACAUUGACAGGAACUACAGCCAAUCAAAUCACUUAAAAAAGUGACAAGAACCAUUAUGGGCCAGCUUGGGCUGGUACUGACUCAGGAGGAGGUAAAUAUGAGCGUACCAGAUGAUCUCUCAGGUUUUUACCUCUUUAAUAUACCAUGAGAAAUUGUCCUUUGAAUACACUAUUGAGUUGACAAUCAGAUUCAAGUAUAUGCCAGUGUUUUGAUAUAAUUGUCUAUCUGUUCUGAACCCUUAGAAUACUCUGUUGUAAAUAUUAUAUGGUCAUUUGAUUUCACUGUAGGUUUCUUUUUAAGAGAUCAGACCUUUUAUUUCAGUGGCAGCAUAAUUUAGGAGAAGUUCUUGUAUCAUCUUUGUUGAAAGUUGUUUUUCAUUUCUCUCAUUUCUCUCAUGUUCCUGUCAAAAUCAUCAGUCUUCUUGCAAAAUUGUUUCAAUCUACAAAACUGACUAAAAGGGAGACUAUUUUUAACAGUAAGGGAUGAUCAGAGUCUGCCCUUAGUAAAGUAUGGUAUGCCUAGACCAUCAACAGGACAUUGAUUGAUAGGUGUGUGUGUGGGAGAGAGAGCGAGUUGAGGCCAGAUCAGGUCCACUGGGGACUAAUUAAAAAAGGUGCAGAGGGUCAUAAGUAAACAAGCACAUAAACUUGUUUGCUUUGCAGUGUUUUAAUGGACAGUAAAAAUGUCUAUAAUACAUCUCUUUCUGGUAUUUCAAAGCAAACAUUCUGAUCAUCUUGACCACAUUUAUCAGCACCCCUGCAGCUACCUGGAGCUACCUGAAGAGAAAAUAUUGAGUGGAAGCAGAAGUCUAAACGAUAAGGGAAAUGCCUGUGAGAUAGAAUGUCUCCCCUCUCUGUAGUUUGGCAUUGGGAUUAAAAUGCAACACUGGGGGCUUGACAGGAACAUUUGAAGUGAGGUCUUAACAAAGUAUUUCUACUUCUAGCCUCCUGCAACAUUUGUGUAAUUGAGUGCUUCAUUAUGGCAGUGGUCAGACACAUUAAUGUGUGACAAGUCGUGUUUGAUGUGCGUUCCAGGUUGAUUGCGAUUGAUAAUUGUGGCACUGCUGUCAACUGACUGAAAAUUUGAUGGCACAACUGUGUGAGCCAAAUUGAUGAGAGUGGGAACUAGAACACAGACCCCUUUUUUUGGUGGAACUGUAAUAUAAAAUGUAUACAUUUUACAGAUUAAUCUAUUCAUCAAGGAUAUUCUCUUCCUCUCUUUAUUAGUUCUCUUAUGUUCUACUUUGAUAUCAGUGAUAAAUGCUUACAAUGGUGCCACACAGUUCCAUAUAUGGUAAAUAUAGAAUCACUACAGGAAUAGAUGUACAUCAUCUUGUGUAGGUACCUUUAUGAUGUUGGACAUCUUAUUUGUCAUCUGUGCAUUUCAUGACCUCUAAAAAUAUGUAUUUGAAUUGAUGUAUUACACAGUAUAGUACCAUUUAAACUGUGUUUUUGUGGUUACAAGUGGAGGUCGAGAGUUCCCUCAAUCCACAUGAGGGCAGCAGUGGAUUUUAUGGAGCACCUUCACCUCUCCAGGCAGCAUCCUUCCCUUCAGGUGAGUCUGGAGUUACAUGAUACCGGUGGUGAGCAAUGAUAAGCCUGAAACCGUCACAAAGCAGCACAGAAGAAGCGAAGAGUGCGUUUAAAUUGUUAAGGCCAAAAUGGUGGUGAGUCGGCUGUUGUCACUUGAGGAUGGUGGAGGGACAGCGGGCACAGUGAACUCAGGAGUUGGCGGUGUUUCGGGAUUGCGUAAAUGCGCACUGGUGAGCGAGGGGAGGAGACGGGAAGGGGAGAGCCGUAGAAGCAGUGGAAGGAGGACGAUGCGUACUUUUGCUUUCGCCGGAUGCUUUUGCUGAACAGGUACACACCAGGAGCGAUAUUUCUCAUCAGCUGUCCUCUUCUGCUCGACCAAAAGAUGUGUCCAAACGUUUACGCGGACCUACUCCGGCGAGCUCCGACGCACCGCUGACUGCGCCUGCAGUCCAUCGCCGGACAGAAAGGUUGGGCCUCGCCAAGGGACCCUCACCCUCUCCAACGCUACCAGCAAGCUGCGAAGCACACAGUUCAGAAGGCUCCAUGCCUGACUGCGAGUCAUAGAAUGGCACUCUGGGAUUUGGAGUUCUUGUUUAAUUAAGGGAGGAAAAUCUUUCAUAAAAUGCAGUGAAGUCUUGCAGUCAUUACUCUCCCAUAGAGUUUUCAUUUAAAGACUUUGGUUCAUUUAUGAAAGGAUUUUUUUCACUGUAGGAUAUCACCAGGGUGCAAAUAGAACUGUGGAGCUGCAGCUUAGGUGGAACUGGUUUUCCUGAAUAAUUGCCUUUAGUUUGAAGGUAUAAAAUUGUCUGCCGUAAAGGUUUUUUCUUGGAUUAUCAGGGCACUAGUGAAGGUCAAUACUUUCUCUCCUUCCUGAUCUUUGAUCCAGUGCCAUCUCCCAACUUAUUCUCUGACUUUGAGGUUUUUAAGGAUUAAGUAUUAAGCCCUGGAACACCCUUUUCAAGCACCUCUUUCCCAGGAAUAUAUUCAAGCCAAAACUGUAACCAAAAUAACCCUUCUGACAGUGCAGGAAAGAAGAGGGCUGGAGAGAAAGGAGUAGUGGGAGUCGAAGGGCAGAUGGCUUCACUGCUCAAAAAACACCAACAGCUGGAUGAAUAAAACAUUUGAAUAGAGAGGGAGUCGUGACAUCUGGCUUAGGAGUGAGUUCCACACUCUGCUCAUUCCCUCUCUUGUUCCCUUUUUCCCUAUUCUGUCCACUCUUUCACUUACUCGCAUUUCUAUCCUCUUCAUCCCCACAACCCCCCUCUCCCUCUAUCUAUCUUUUACUUUCUCUUGUCUCUUUCCCUCUGUGGACACAGGGUCACUCAAAGAGACAGAAACAAGCUUGUGCCUCCGCUUGUUUCUCCUGCUCACACUCAGUUUUGUGCCACCUUUGCAUUAACUCCCUCCCUCCUCCCUCCUCCCAUUCCUUCUCUACCUCCUCCUCCUCCCCCGGCACGGUGUGUGAUGGUGCGUCCCCUCCUUUCGGUCCUGGAGACAUGCCUGUACAGGAGAUGGCGGUGAGUCCUGUCAAGUCCCUGUACUGGGAGCAGUUCCCCCCCAUGUCGCAGCGCCGCGUCUACUGCACUCCCGUGUACCACGAAGGCCUGCUCUAUGUGCUGGGGGGCUGCAGUGAGACUGGCAUGCCCCUGGACAGUGUUGAGGUCCUGGAUGUGGAGAGCCAGACGUGGAGCCAGCUGCCGCCGCUGCCCACUGCACGGGCGGGGGCUGCAGCUGUGGUGCUCAGGGGCCAGGUGAUGGUUCUCGGGGGCAUGAAUCAGCAGCAGACCCCACUGGCCUCCGUGGAGGUCUACCACCCUGACGAGGGCAAAUGGGAGCCAAGGGCCAGCCUGGGCCAGCCAUCUAUGGGUGUCACCACUGUGGAGAAAGAUGGGAAGGUGUAUGCACUGGGGGGUAUGGGAGCAGACACCACACCACAGGCCCUGGUCAGGGUUUAUGAGGCAGAGAAAGACCAAUGGCAGCCAAUGGCGUCCAUACCCACGCCGCGGUACGGAGCCACACCCUUCGUAAAGGGAAACAAAAUCUACAUGAUGGGUGGUCGUCAGGGAAAGAUGCCGGUGACGGCACUGGAAGCUUUUGACCUGGAGAUGAAAAGCUGGACACGUUACCCCUGCAUCCCAAGCCGGAGGGCCUUUUCCUGCUGUGCCACAAAUGAGCGAAGUCUCUUCAGCCUUGGGGGCCUCCAGCAGCCGGGGCCACAUAACUUUUACUCCAGACCUCACUUUGUCAGCACCAUGGAGGAAUAUGAUCUGGAUCAAGGUAUCUGGAUCAAACCCAGCCGAACGUCCAGGAUGAGAGAGAAGAGGGCUGACUUUGUGGCAGGAUGCCUGGGAGGACGAGUCAUCGCAGCUGGCGGUCUAGGUAACGAGCCAUCGCCGCUUGGUACAGUGGAGAGCUACAACCCAGUGAAACGGCGCUGGGAGUAUGUGGCACCUAUGCCCACUGCACGCUGCUCCUCUGCACUCAUGCAGACAACCAGCAUGCUCUUUGUCAUUGGCGGAGUUGCCCAGGGACCCAGUAAUGCUCUGGAAGCCCUCUGCUUGCAGGAAACAGUGUGACACAUGCACACAGCCAAACACACACACAGGAAUCAAUGCAAACUGGCAUUAAUAUUUUAUUCAUGUAUGUGCGUGAACACAGACAAAAACACAUGAAUUGGUUCCACAGAUGAAAUCAUCCACACUCACUACUUUUCUACCUUUAUGUCCAACUGAUGGAUUCCUCUUCUAUACUUAGAUGUAGACAACUCUUUUCCACAUUCAUUAAGCAUUUUUUAAAAUGGGAGCUGUAGAGACAGUUUUCAGACGGAGCUGGACAAAUGCAAAAUUAAGGACGUCAAGCAGACUGCUGUGGAAAGGACAGAAAACUGACAGCUUUUCUAUCAGAGGAAGACAAAAAACAGACACACAUAGUGUCUAAAGAAACAACACGCCUUUGAACUGUUAAGCAUUUUUCUGAAUAAAAGCAGGGUACUUUUCUGGAUAUUAAAGGAACAUAGGGCCAUAUUUGUGUCUCUACAACACUUUGUUCAGUUUCAGACAGUGACGUUCUGGGAAUGUGAAUGUCCCUUUUGGUUCUUCUGUUUUUGUUGUGUAUGUGUGAAAGUUAGCACUGCUAGCAACUGCUACCAUGGUGUCAACAUCAGUGGCCCUUAACAUGCGUUUACAUCGCAAGCAACUGCUAGUCAGAAGUCCAUCCAUUUUUCUACAACCAGUGAAACGUCGGCUGAUUUUGACGACAGCCACUGCGUGUCCUUUGUUUCUAGUUGCAGAAAACUUAACUGCAGUCAAACUUGUCGGCACCUCACUUUGCUACACAUCUAUCUAGUUCUGCUACAACAUUAGCACCGAAGCAAUCAAUCACCAAGAUCAAAUGGUUCUUCAUACUGUAGCCAUGGAUACAGUUGCUCGUGGAGUGAAUGCAGAGUUACUCAUCCCUGCUGCACUGAAGCAUCUGAACAGAUAAAUAAUAAUUUCAACAUCAGCUUCCUGACAUGUUGUAUUUCCCUUGAGUUUUAUGAUUGAUAGCAGUACACUGUAUUCUUUACCUCAACUUGAUGUCAGGCUGAUGAUGGAUAAAAUGGAAAGAGCAUCUUAAGUCGA